GCUCAGACAUUCCAAUGCAGUGAGGCAACAGGAGGGACACAACUCGACUCUACAGUCGAACGGGGAAAAAAGCCAACUCUUUCACAGAGAUUAGUCUCUAGACUGAACUUUCAUUCACAACGUGUGAGACACACAAUGGCUCUGGACCAGCUUCUGCUCUACAAAGAUUUGGAGAAGGCUCCGUUAUCCAGUGAUCUUGAGUCACUGGGUAUUACCACUUAAACAGAAUGAGUUGCCUGCCAGAGGAAACUAAUUAAAAUUGGAUGUUAUAUGGUGAGAUGCAUCUUUGUGAUGGAUUAUAUGUUCAAAUAUGCUCCUCUUCUACAAACUGCAGCAACAGAGUACCCUGCGUAUGACAGAAAUGCUGACAGUGGAAAGACUAUGUCAACUGGCAAUAUCACAUUAAAAAACUGCUUUAAGAAAAUCUGUAGUUCACAUCAGUAAUCCACAGCUGGUAAAGCUCUGUAGUUCGUAAAGCAUAUGCUUUUAAAAGUAAUAAAGGAUUCAACGUGUUUUUACACAGUGUGUCUGCACUGAUAAUUUAGCACUGAAUUUUCAUACACUGAAAUCAUGGUAUGAUUAUCAGUGAGGAAAAACAGAACAUUAUCUAAAAACUGUGUCAAAAUGACCUCUGAGGAAAUGGCAGCUUCUGUACUUGUGUCUGUGGCACAGGGUAAAGUGAUAUCUGCUCAGUCAGCUGGAGAUGGAAAUAGUGAAAAUGCUUUGGACACCAAUGUUAUAAAAAGACAUAUUGCUAAUCAAGGAAGGGAGACUACACAUACUUUCUCGUACUUACACAGACUUAAAGAAGAACAUCUUCAGGGCUCGCUGCCCAAAAUUUUCUCUUUGGCAAAUGGAGAAGAAAUGACAGAUAACAGGAGUAAUGAAAACUUCUGGGAGAAAAACACAUGCAUCCCUGGUACAGUGGAGUUUCUUAACAUGAAUUGCAACAUUAUAAAGAAAAAAUGCAAGAGCAGUGUUCCGCAUAACCAGUUAUGUAAAUCAUGUGAUUCUUUAGCAAAAGAACACACAUGCUUGGAAACUGGAAUUUCUACUUCACAGGAAAGGACCAUGUUUGCUGAAAUUCAGUUGAAGAUGGAUGGACCUUCAGUAGAGAUGAAGUCAUUAAGAAACCAGUCAGCGGUAAAUAAAAGUGGCACCGAUGAUGCUGAUAAUGUAGCAGUGUUUCACUUUCGCUAUGCUAGUGAAAGAAAUAUAUCAAAAGCUUUGUGCACACUACACAACAGCUUCAUUUUGGGUGACUGUUUACAGCAUGUAAAUGUUGGUAAUGAACACACCAGUGAUUCAACAGCCUGCACUUGUAAAUUAAUGGAAUUGACAAAUAAUUGUGACAAUAAAUAUGGACAACAGUUGUGUGAUAACUGUGACACUUUAAGGGACAAGUAUUUAUGUGUCGAAAGAGCAGCACGAAAGGUUAGAGUGGCAUGCUCAAGUCACAGCUUCUAUGGUGGUAAUUUUACUGGAAAAAUGUCCUCAAAGCCCUUUCUGAGCCAUUUUGAAGAUUGCAGUGAUAACUGUGAAGAAGGGAUGGAGGAGGAGUUUUAUAGAAACAAAAAGGAACGUUCCACUUUACUAAUCAGACGUUUUUGUAAAAAUGAUAAGGAGGUUAAAAAAUCAGUUUAUACUGGAACCAGGGCAAUUGUUAGGACUUUACCUUCGGGUCAUAUUGGAGAUGUUGCUUGGGAUUAUGUGGAGCAGAAGAGAAACAAGAGUGACUUAAAGCAUUGUAGGAUUAUCGCAAAACAUCGAACUAUUCAAGCCUUAAGUCAGGAAUUAAAUUCUGAUCUUGUGAAAUCCAUAUGGUGUGAGAUCUACAAUGCAGUGAAGGAGGAAGAGGCGGCAGAAGAUACUUUUGAAUAUUGUCUCCAUCCUCUGAGAGAGCUUCCAACACUAAAUGCAGAUCGCAGAUGCAAAAAUGUCUCUUUUGUAAAACCAUGUGUAGAAAGUGCUUGCUCUGAAUACCGUGCCACUUUACAAAGGACGUCACUCUCUAACUUUAUCACUGGUGCUCUGCUAGAAGCAACUACAUCACUGGGAGCAAGAAGUGGUCUUCUAAACAUCUUUGGAGGUUCAACUGGAAGAACGAUGCUGAAAGAACGUCAACCGUGCACAUCUAUGGCUGGUUCAAAUGUGCUCCCCUCCAGUGUAGCUGGUAUCAGUAAAGAGCUAGUAGAACUUCAGCACCUCAUUCAGUUCCCAGAGGAGGUUGCUAGUAUUCUGACUGAACAGGAACAGAAUCUCUACCGAAAGAUCUUGCCCAUUGACUACCUCUGCUUCUUAACCAGGGAUUUGAGUAAUGCUGAAUGUCAGAGCAAACUUCCAUGCAUUAAAGCUUCCAUAUCUGCGACUAUUCUUUCCUCCCAAAAUGGUGAACACAAUGUUAUUGAAGAUCUCGUGACAAGAUUUAAUGAGGUGAGCUCUUGGGUUACAUGGUUGAUCCUUACUGCCGGUUCUAUGGAGGAGAAACGAGAAGUCUUCUCAUAUUUAGUACAUGUGGCAAAAUGCUGCUGGAACAUGGGAAACUACAAUGCUGUAAUGGAAUUCUUGGCAGGGCUUAGGUCUAGAAAAGUUUUAAAAAUGUGGCAGUUCAUGGAUCAAUCUGAUAUUGAAACCAUGCGAAGUCUGAAGGAUGCUAUGGCACAACAUGAAUCAUCCUCUGAAUAUCGGAAAGUGGUAAAUCGUGCUCUGAAUAUUCCAGGCUGUAAAGUAGUUCCUUUCUGUGGUGUAUUUUUAAAGGAGCUUUGUGAAGUUCUAGAUGGAGCAGCAAGCCUCAUCAGACUUUGCCCACAGUAUAAUUCCCAGGAUGAAACAUUAGAGUUUGUUGCAGAUUACAAUGGGCAAGAUAAUUUCUUGCAACGAGUAGGCCAAGAUGGUUUAAAUAAUACGGAAAAAGAAUCAACAGCAAACAGUAUCUUUCAAACUAUUCGGAGUUGUAACCGCAGUUUGGAAUCUGAAGAAGUUGAAGACAAUUUUAGUGAAGGAGGCAAUUCAAGAAAAAACUCUUUGAAGGAUAGAAACCGAUACCAGUUUAUAAUUGGAGAUCUCUCAGAUUCAGAAAGUGACAUAUCUGAGCAGUCAAAAGAGUGGGACACAAAUACAACUGAAGAGCAGCAAAAGGCAUACAGUCAUGGAAUAGAACUCAUUCCCUGGUAUGUGUUAUCAAUCAGAGCUGAUGUCCAUCAGUUCAUGCUACAAGGGGCAACUGUCAUACAUUAUGACCAGGAGAUGCAUCUCUCAGCACGCUGUUUUCUUCAGCUUCAACCUGACAAUAGUACUUUGACAUGGAUAAAACCCACCACAGCUUGCCCUGCAAAUACUAAAGUAAAACUGGGUGUGCUAGGUAGCACUGCUGAGCUUGGUAAAUUUCAGUUUCUUGGCAGUACUGGAUUGAAUGGACUGGUGGACGGUUUCUUGGAUUUGUUUUCAGCAAAGGCUGUGUACAUGGGGCACCCUGGCAUUGAUAUGCACACUGUGUGUGUUCAAAAUAAACUUUGUAGUAUGUCCCUUGAAGAGAAUGGAGUAACACUACUAUAUGGACUUCAAACUACUGAUAAUAAGUUGCUGCACUUUGUGGCUCCAAAAUAUACUGCCAAAAUGCUGUAUGAUGGAUUGCUGGAAUUAACAAAAGCUGUAAGAAAAAUGAGGAAAUUUCCUGAUCAGAGAUUGCAGUGGCUACGGAAACAGUAUGUCUGCCUUUAUCAGGAGGAUGGCAGGUUUGAAGGCCCAACUUUGGCUCAGGCUGUUGAACUGUUUGGAGGCAGACGCUGGAGUGCAAGGAACACAAGCACAGGGGCCCUGACCAGAAGCACUGAGAAACCCAGUGUGCAGAGAAACAACACUCUGGGAAUAAGCACAGCCAAGAAAAAGAAGAAAGUACUCAUGAGGGGUGAAAGUGGAGAUGCUACUGAUGAUGAGAUGGCAACUCGUAAGACAAAAAGUUAUAAAGAAUAUCGUAAUAGAAGUGGUUCUGAUCCUCAAGACAUUGAUGAACAAGAAGAAUCAGAUCAGAAUAUUGUGAUUAACACCUCUGCCUUUAACACUCUGCCAUCUAGAAGAGCUCAUUCUCUGACUGCAUCUGGAUCUCCUAGCUUAGCACCUGGGGCAUCUGCACCAAUCAGACCAGUCUCCUCUCCUGUAAUGUCAUCUUCAAGCAAGAGUCAGGCUAGUACUUGGAGCAGCAGUAGCUGGCAUGGCCGAGUCAAAGGAGGAUUGAAGGGGUUUCAGACCUUUAUGGUUUCCGAUAGUAAUAUGAGUUUUGUUGAGUUUGUAGAGCUCUUCAAGUCUUUCAGUGUUCGAAGCCGCAAGGAUCUUAAAGACCUCUUUGAUGUCUAUGCUGUACCCUGCAAUCGAUCAGGUUCUGAUUCUACUCCACUUUAUACUAAUCUGAAAAUUGAUGAGAACACCAGUGGACUCCAACCUGAUUUAGAUUUAUUGACCAGGAAUGUAUCAGAUCUGGGUUUGUUCAUUAAUAGCAGACAGCAACUAUCAGAAAACCAGAGACAGAUAUCUGAUGCCAUUGCUGCUGCUAGCAUUGUAACUAAUGGUACUGGAGUAGAAAGCACAUCACUGGGAAUAUUUGGAGUGGGCAUCCAGCAACUCAAUGACUUCUUAGUGAAUUGCCAAGGUGAACACAGCACCUACGAUGAAAUCCUCAGUAUAAUCCAGAAAUUUGAACCCAGCGUCCAUAUGUGCCAGCAGGGGCUACUGUCAUUUGAAGGAUUUGCAAGGUUUUUGAUGGACAAAGACAAUUUUGCCUCAAAAAAUGACGAGUCACAAGAGAAUAUUGAAGAGUUACAACUACCGCUGUCAUAUUAUUACAUUGAGUCUUCACACAAUACAUACCUCACAGGCCAUCAGCUUAAAGGAGAAUCAUCAGUAGAACUUUACAGCCAGGUUCUCUUGCAAGGCUGUAGGAGUGUGGAAUUAGACUGCUGGGAUGGUGAUGAUGGGAUGCCUAUCAUUUAUCAUGGACAUACACUCACUACUAAGAUCCCUUUUAAGGAUGUAGUUGAAGCUAUUGAUCGCAGUGCCUUUAUCACCUCUGAUAUGCCAAUCAUCAUAUCUAUAGAGAACCACUGUUCAUUGCCUCAGCAACGCAAGAUGGCUGAAAUUUUUAAGAAUGUAUUUGGAGAUAAGCUGGUAACUAAGUUUUUAUUUGAGAGUGACUUCUCUGAUGAUCCAAUGCUCCCUUCACCGGACCAACUGAGAAGAAAAGUGCUGCUGAAAAACAAAAAACUCAAAGCCCAUCAAACUCCAGUGGAUAUUUUAAAACAAAAGGCUCACCAACUGGCAUACAUGCAAGCCCAGGCCAGUAAUGGUGGCAAUGCUGGUAACCCCACCACUAAUAAUGAAGAGGAGGAGGAUGAAGAGGAUGAAUAUGACUAUGACUAUGAAUCUCUCUCUGAUGCUGAUGUCCUUAAUGCUUCUCCUGCUCCUAACAGCCAGGAAGAUAACAUUCUGGAAGACCGACCUGAGACUAAAUCAUCCAGUGAUAAACUGCAAUUUGAAUAUAAUGAAGAAACUGCUAAGAGAAUAAAGAAAACUGAUUGCAUUACUUAUAACAAUAAAGGAAAGGUUUAUGACAUGGAACUGGGUGAAGAAUUUUAUCUUCCACAAAAUAAGAAGGAAAGUAGACAGAUAGCACCAGAGCUCUCAGAUCUUGUCAUCUAUUGCCAAGCUGUGAAAUUCCCUGGCCUGUCAACGCUAAACCCAUCUGGCUCUAGCAGAGGAAAGGAAAGAAAAAGCAGGAAGUCCAUUUUUGGCAACAAUCCGGGCAGACUAAGCCCUGGGGAGCCAGCAACACUUGCCAAAGCAUCUGGAAAAGGUCCUUUUGAGGGUGCCCGGCAAACCUGGGAAGAAUUUUGUUCUCCUCCUUUCAACCCUACAACUUCUCUCAGUGCUAUCAUAAGGACACCUAAAUGUUAUCAUAUCUCUUCACUGAAUGAGAAUGCUGCCAAACGUCUGUGCAGACGGUAUUCUCAGAAACUGAUUGAGCAUACCACCUGUCAGCUAUUGAGAACAUAUCCUGCUGCCACACGCAUUGACUCUUCAAACCCCCAUCCCCUUAUAUUCUGGCUCCAUGGAAUACAGCUUGUGGCAGUUAACUAUCAAACUGAUGAUCUCCCUCUGCAUCUUAAUGCAGCGAUGUUUGAGGCGAAUGGUGGCUGUGGGUGUGUUUUGAAACCCCCUGUUCUAUGGGACAAGAACUGUCCAAUGUACCAGCAAUUUUCUCCAUUAGACCGAGAUCUGUAUAAUAUAGAGCCAGCUAUAUAUUCUUUAACAAUUGUGUCUGGACAAAAUGUUUGUCCUAGCAACAGCACAGGAAGUCCAUGCAUUGAAGUUGAUGUACUUGGCAUGUCUUUGGAUAGCUGCCAUUUCCGCACAAAACCCAUUCAUCGCAAUACUCUCAACCCCAUGUGGAAUGAACAGUUUCUCUACCGGGUUCACUUUGAGGAUCUGGUCUUUCUUAGAUUUGCAGUUGUUGAAAACAACAGCUCAGCUAUAACUGCUCAAAGAAUCAUUCCACUAAAGGCUCUAAAAAGAGGGUAUAGACAUCUCCAGCUACGAAACCAACACAAUGAAGCCUUAGAAAUCUCAAGCUUAUUCAUAAACAGUCGGAGGAUGGAAGAAAAUCCCUCUGGGAAUGUUGUGCCUACUUCUUUGUUGUUUAGCACAGAAGAGAAGAGAACUUCAACAUUGUACAGGGUCACAAUACAUGGAAUUCCAGGCCCUGAACCCUUUACUGUUUUUACUAUAAGUGAAGGGACUACAGCAGCACAGCUUCUUCAUCAAAUUUUGGCUACCACAAAAAGCACCGAAUCACGUGCUCCAGAUUAUAUUCUGAUGGAGGAAAAAUGUUUUAUAUCUAAAGAAAAGACUGAGUGCAGGAAACCACCAUUCCAGAGAGUGAUUGGCCCUGAGGAAGGGCUAGUACAGCUUUUGAACAGCUGGUUCCCAGAAGAAGGAUAUGUUGGAAGGAUUAUCUUUAAAACCCAAGAGGAAAAUUUGAAUGGGAGAAACAUUUUUCAAGAAGAGAAAGAAGAUGCAAACAUUAGCUCUGAAGAUGAUAGUUUCUUUGUUCAAGUGCAUGAUGUUUCCCCAGAGCAGCCUCGCACUGUCAUCAAAGCUCCCCGCUUUAGCACAGCACAGGAUGUAAUACAACAGACUCUUUGCAAAGCCAAGUAUUCCUACAGCAUUCUGAGUAAUCCCAACCCAAAUGACUAUGUGCUCUUGGAGGAGGUGACGAAAGAGCUAGCGAACAAAAAGUCAACAUCUAAGCCAUCACAGAGAAUUCUCUCUGACCAAGAGUGUGUGUUUCAGGCUCAGAGCAAGUGGAAGGGAGCAGGGAAGUUUAUCCUUAAACUUAAAGAACAGGUUCACGCAGCACGAGAUGAUAAAAGAAAAGGCAUUUCAUUUGCCAGUGAACUUAAGAAAUUAACCAAGUCAAGUAAACAGUAUCGUGGCUUCACAUCAUCACCUUUGCAGAGCUCACCAGACAAUACCCAGACUAAAGAGGAAAAAUCUGCAGGCAGUUUGACAUUUAGUGACAAUAUGGAAUAACAUCCAUAAAUGCCAGCAGUAUGUUCUAUGCAGGUGACUUUAAAGGCCUUAAAAUGGCAAAGGCAAAAAGCUCUUCUGAGGCUGACAAAAACACAGGGAGAUAGAAGAAAUAUGACAAUCUUUCUCCACAUAGCCUUGCAUUUACUUGAUAA